AAACUCAAUAGUUUCUAUUAAGAAAACUGUACCUAUAGAAGACAAUAAAUUUUAAACAGAUUUAUGUAGGUACUAAGCAGAAACAAAACAUCAAAGACGAUAGACGGCAUACGAUGUGCACACAAUGGAAUCUAUUAGGACAACCGUCGUUACUCAAGAAAACCCACGCGUUUGUGAAAGCGGCCUAAGAGAGUUUUCCACAACUCACUAACACCGAUUCGCUGCUCGUGGCCACGCGAGUUUUCACGCACACACGCCUGCGUAGUGAAGUAAGCGGCUGAAACUAGGCGAGAGAUCGUGAGAGAGAGCGACAUCUCGCUUACGCCCAGCCUCCCGUCCUAUUUCAACAGGUUUCGCCUUUCAGCAGUUGCAGCGAGAAACGCGUGCCUCUGCCUCUAGUAACACAGCACAAACAGUAAGAGGAACACACGUCGCGUUCGGAAACUGAAAACACAGUUUCACUGACAGCGCGGACAACACCUGACAUUCACCGCCGUCCUCCGACUUACGGUUGUUUAUCGCAUUAGUAAGAUGGGCUGACACGAUUCGCGACAGAGAUAACUAUUUUUAAAUGCAUAUGGCCCGUAGCGGCGCGUGUUCAGUGGACGGUCGUAGUGCUCGAGAAAACCUCGCGAUCCCGCGGUCCCGCGUCCGCGGAGCGUAUGUUAGUCGUCACGUGCGAAACAUGAAAACUGUCAAACCUGACUGUGCCAAAAACAAUCAUCAAAUAAACCCUAUAUAGAAUAUGUAAAUGUUAUAAUACAGUGCGUCCGAUGCGGUGGAAGGGAUGAUUGGAAUGUAGUUAUAUAGUUUUGUGAUGAAAGACAUGGAAAGUUAGCAAGAUGUAAAUUUAUGCAUACUAUCAAUGUUUACCUCUUCAGUGUUGUGAAUAACGAUUAGUUUAAUUAUUGUAGUGUACGGAGGAGCCGAUAUGGAGGGAAACUGCCGCAGAGUGGUCUUGCGGACGAUGUUGAACUGACGGCGAAGCAACCGGUUGUGAUAACGUAGGAUGUGUGGUUUCGGCCACCCUCUGCUCACGGACGUAUCAAUAAUAAUCAAGUCUGGUUGUAAAAUCAAUCCAUAAGUUGUGAUUAAAAGCUAGGAAAGCAAAGUAAUACUGAUAAAUGUAUAAUGAUAAAUGAUAACAUAUUAAGAAUUCGCGUACUUGAUAGUUAGAUACCUGUUCUGGUGUUCAUGUUUCUACUUCUACUGUUAGCGAUGUUACAAAGGUUGUCUGUGUUACAUUUAGGACUCAAUUUAUCCUGAAUUUCCCUGGAGGUUGUGAAUACUUAUAAUAAAGAACUGAAGAAAAAACUUGCAAGCUCCCCAUUAUCAUUGAGAUGGCGGUUGUGCUGGGUUGUUUUCAAAGUGAUACAGUGAAAGUACUUGGACAUUGUUAAAUUGUGUUUGUGAUAAGGAGAGGAAAUCAAAGCAACCUUAAUUGGUUAGAAUGUGUUGAUAGAGAGCGGUAGCAGUGGCCGAGCGACGAUGGCAGCCGUUAACUCGGUGGCAACCACGCGGCUGCCGCUGCCGACGUUCUCGCCGCGCGCGGUGCUGAUGUACAGCGCCGCGGUAGGCGGCGAGGGCGCGGUGGCGCUGCAGCUGCGCGAGGCGGCCCCCGGCGAGCUGGAGGGCGCCCGGCUAAGCCUGCACGACGACCGGCUCGCCAUUGCCUGCCACGAGCCGGAGCUUCUCGCCGACCUUCUGCAUGCGGCUGGUGCGGCUGAUAUAGAUGGGGAUCACGACGAGCUAAGUGCCCUAUUGGGAGCAGCCUCGCCGGAGCUCGGGCUCGCCUCCGACACAUCUGAUAGUCUCCCUCUCCCAGAUCAUGAUAAUGAAUGCACAACGUCGUCCUCGUCAUCGGGCGUGACGAAUAGUGUCGCGACAGUGUCGGUAGCGGUGGCAGGCCUGGAGCGCUCGCCCACCGUCAAGAAAGUGCGCCCAAAGCCGUGCUCACCCAACCGUCAGGGCCCUCAGCAAUGCCAAGUAUGCAACAAGAUCUUCGGUAACGCAUCGGCGCUCGCAAAGCAUAAACUGACGCACAGCGAUGAGCGCAAGUAUGUGUGCAUCACUUGCGCAAAAGCCUUCAAGCGGCAGGACCAUCUUAACGGGCACAUGCUAACACACCGUAACAAGAAGCCGUAUGAAUGCAAAGCGGACGGGUGCGGCAAAUCAUACUGCGAUGCGAGAUCCCUACGCCGGCACACGGAGAACCACCACCAACCAUCAGGCUCAAAAACCUUACCAUCCAGUGAACCAUCACAAUCAGUUAUAAAAAAUCGUUCGAACAACACUGUCGCAAGCGCACCGAGCGCCGAGCGCGAGUCCGUCUCCCAGCGGUUGGCGUCGCCGGCGUCGCCACCGAGAAACUACCCGCCGCACUCUGACUCAAGCAACUCCGGGUCCGAGAAGUCGACGAGCAGUCGGAGCGGCAGUCGCGGCGGCAGCGACAGCAGCCCGCCGGGCACGCCGCCCGCGCCGCCGACACCACCCUCUCGAAGCAAGCUGACCAAGCCUCCGACCAAACCUAAGACAACUGCCGCGCAGCAGGGGAGUCAGAAAUGUGGCAGCGCGGCGAGUGCGAGCGGGAGCGGCAGCGGGGCUAUGAGCGGUGCGGGUGCGGGCGGGGGCGCGGUGCGCGGAGAAGUCAAGCCUGUCGAAUGCAACUUGUGCCAUCGGAAAUUCAAAAAUAUACCCGCUCUCAAUGGCCAUAUGAGAUUACAUGGCGGAUAUUUUAAAAAGGACUCUGAUAGUAAAAAAAUGGACAAAAAGGAAUCUACGGGACCUCCAUUACAGACGGCGUCUGUAUCCGUGCGAGCUCUUAUAGAAGAGAAAAUUAUCAGUCGGCGAGGCGCAAUAACAAUCUCUCCAGGUGUAGGCAAUACGGAUACGACGGCAGGGGUCGCAGGGUUCGCGACGCCCGCCCCGCCGCCGCUGGCUCCCGCGCGAUCGUCGGCGUCGCCCGCCUCACCCGCCGCCAGCACGACUCAGUUCGUACCGCCGCGCGCCCCGCCCGCGACCACUAUUGCCCCCAACACUACCGCUGCAACCGCCAACGCCACGCAGAGAGACUCCACCCUCAUCGAGCUACUAAAAAGAGGCAACUCAAAGGUUGUGAAACGUUCGACCUCGGAUCCAGGGCAAUCAUCACCUCAGCAGGAGUUCACUUUUAGACCAGAACUUUUCGGAGUUUCUUUCAAUUCUGACGAUGGCUACUUCUCGCCCGCCCUAAACGAAGAUACUUUCCAAUUUACAACGACACCAGAACAGUUAGAAGAGCUGGCGUCAUUAGAGGACUAUGCGACGGUAGCCGCGUCCAUUAGAGAAAGAUCUCCGGUUACUUUCCCAUCUAGUCGUCGCCUUGCAGCCGUUUUGAACUCGCCACUCCCUGAAUCAUUAGCGGAUUUUGGCGCUUGUCACGGAGGCUCGCCAGUCCCGUCACCGGGUAUUGGCUAUACAGCAAACUCCCCGGGGCUAUCCUACUCUACCGGAGAUUCCCCUGGAUUAGCCUACACGGCGACAUCUCCUGGCGGGAGCUACUCAACGCAACCAGAACCGUCGCCUGGAUUGGCGUAUCCGACACCACCUGCUUCUCAUGAUGCUCAUUCGCCAGCGCAUACAGUGCCGCGUGUAUCAUCGCCUUUAUCCGCUGCCUUCUUUACGGCAACAAUGUCAAGUCAAGAAGAGGUGGAAGAAGCUCUAGAGGAAGUAUUACCUGAAGAAUGUAGAUCGCUUGAUGCGUACUCUUUGGAACCAUCACCUAUGCCACCCCGUAUUAUGCUCAAUUCUGAAGACCCGCUCUUAUCGAGUAGUCCGCGGGACUUCUCGAAUCAAAGACCUCCGCGUCGAUAUAGUCGCCUGCCAUCAACAUCAUCUUUAACAAACGCCGUUCAUCAGUGGCAGCAUGAAGCCAGUUCUCUUCAGGUUUGCAUAGAAGGCCAGACAGUGCCCGCCGUGUUCCUAAGCCCGAGCAGCGUGCCCGCGUCGCCGCAGCGUCGCAAGCGUCGCGCGUCGCCCGCGGGCCCGUACCGCACCCGCAUGCGGCGACAUCUCAGCCACUACACCCCGCAGCCACUCCUGCCGCCGGACAGAGAAGGCCCUGGGCUUUUUGUAGAACUUACAGCUGGUCUUCCGAGUAUGGAAACCGACAUGUUAACGCAACUGGAGGAGCCCCAGCAGCCGAUGAUCAACAUUGGACAGGACCAUCAAGCGGAUAUACCGGAGAUGUGCAACGACCGGAUAGACCUCCAUCGAGCUUCGGAGCAACUGUUGUGGGAUCCCGGCAUCAAUGACGCUCUUGAUGACAAUGAAGUCCGCAUGUUUAUGGAGCUGGCGAUGUGCGCGGCCAUGCCGGUGGGCGGGCACACUCGCGAGUUCGCGCUGCAAGUGCUGGGCGAGUGCGGCGGCGACGUGCGCGCCGCCACGCUGCGCCUCAUGUCGCGCCCCGCCGCGCCCGCGCAGCACGAGUCACGCUGGGCGCCCGAUGAGGUCGAGGCCUUCCUCGCCGGCCUGCGUCACUACGAUAAGGACUUCUUCAGGAUUUCCCAGCUGAUAAGGACCAAAGACUCGAAGCAGUGCGUACAGUUUUACUAUUUCUGGAAGAAAGUUACCAAAGACUACAAGAUGCUGUACUUGAGAAGCUGGAACAUGGAACAGCAGUUGUCUACACAAGGUCCGCCGCCGGCCGCGAGCGCCGCCGCGUCGCCCACGCCCUUCGAGGGCGAGGAGUUCCCGUGCAAGAUCUGCGGGAAAGUAUUUAACAAAGUAAAAAGUCGUAGCGCACACAUGAAGUCGCACCGGCCACUCGACGCCGAGCCGAAACGGCCCAAACUCGAAAAGCCUUAUGAAAAGGUCGAGCGAUCCGACGAGCGGCACGCGACUGCUGAUUACCAAUGCAAACCGCCCGCGCACUCUCAGUAACCGACCCUUGUCUCUCCCGGCGACUAACUCGCGCUCGGCCUCGCGCCCCGCGCGGCGCUCAGAGUCCGUGCUCUCUGCCGAUGCCGAUACCGAUACCGAUACCGGCCACCAGCCGCCAGCGGUGCCAUAUGCCGCGAGGCAGCCUCGCGCGCCCCGAGGACAAAAUGCUGAAUUGUUUAAGCAUUUAUUAUAAUUAUUACAAAUUAAAUAGAAUUAUAGAUAAAUUAAAAAGUGAUCUAGUUGAGAGCGACGUAGUGGCUAGUAGCUAGAGAAGAGUUAGCUUGGGUAAACUGAACGAUUAGCUUAAUAAAACUAUUAAUUAUUCGAAAUUCUCGUAUUGCUAAGCUUGAAGAGAUCGCAGAAAGAUAUUUUGUAUAACGAUUGAUACAUAGAUAGAUAGUUCUUCAUAAAGUUUUUAUAAGACACUACGACUUCUAAAUGUGACUUUGCAAGUGUGAUGUUGUACAUAGAGAUAUAACAGCUCGGCGCGGACGCCGCUAGGACCGGCGCCGCCGAGCUCUAUUUGAAUGAUAUUGGAACUGUAAAAGUAUUACAACUUGAGUGUGAUACUAAUAGUGUAGUAACUACACUACCUCGUCUUACUCGACCAUUUCAUUUCAUUGCGAGCUCAGCUCAUUAAAUUACGUUUGCUUGUUUGCUCAUCUCGUUGUUAUGUAUUCUUAGUCAUUCGUUUAAGUUUUGUUCUAGUCGUGUUAGACAUCACUAAGCGCACUUAAGUCUCACACCACUCAGGUUUAGACGACGAUAAGAGAACUGUAUCAAAUCAGCAUCCGUGUCGAUACUCAUUGCCCAACUUGGACCAAUAUUCACAUUUUUGAUAAUAUUUUAAAAAUGUGAAUAUGUGUCUUGUAGGGGGGUGUGCACAUGUAGAGGAGAGAUCGCAGGCGCUAGGCCUCGUAGCCGUUCGGCCUCACCGCGCGCCUCGUAUCUCUGUUCAUUCCACUUGCUUGUUCACUGAAGAAAACAAAAUAAUGGAGGGAUACUAAUAUUUUUUUACACAAAUAUUAUUAAAAUGCUCAAAUGUUCUAUAUUUUAUGUUGGUAACUUAUUGAAUAGUUCCUUAUUGAUUGUUCUAAAUAUGGUAUUAUUUAAUAUUUGAAUAGUUAAUUUUUGAUUGUAGUUAAUAUUUUCUAUAAAUUAAUGUAAUGUAAUUCUAUAUUAUACGUGUAGAUCCGUGUUGUGAUAUGUAUUGUUGUUUCAGAGAUCUGUACUGUAUCGUUUGAAGGAAUGUACAAAUCGGGCAAUAAUGUGGUUGCUCAAGCCUACUCUAUGUACCGAAUCGAUGUUUGUCCACUCGUAGGUCCGCGGCCCGCGACCCGCGACGGCUCCUCUUACUAACGUAAUAUUUUGCGGUUGUGACCUUCUCGAUCGACUUACUGUUGUCUUCCGAAAGUACUUUUAACAACCGACUCAAUAUUAAUUUUGGGGCAAUAUUCCUUAUAAAAGACAUGUUAAUACCUUCGAAUUAUUUAUGGAUAUUAUUAACACUUCACUGUUUAGAUUAACAUUUAACAUUACGGAGUAAAUGAAAGGCGUAUAACGCUAACAGUAUUAUGAUUAUAACUCGAUUCUUGGAAAUAAUUUAUUGUGGGAUUAGUCCCGAAACGAACUUGAGAUGUAAAUUUAUUCUUCUGAAAGUUUACUGGAUAUUCGUUUUCCUUCCAUGAGUACCUGAAGUGGCCAGAGGGCGCCUCGAAGAGUUUCUUUAUCUGCGCGGUGUAGGUGUAGCCGCUGCAUUAGCUGUAAUCGUCGCGAGCGGCACGCGCGCGCGUCUUGGCAGGCUGUAUUACAUUAUACUGCAUCACAUACUCGUGAUCAUUUGGUUGUGUAAACGAAUCAGCUCGUAAUUGGGCGGUUGUAUGCUCUCACUUACGUUCUGUAAUGUAUGCCAAACAUUUGCCAAAACUAUUUGUGACUAGACUAAAUAAGUAUGCCAAAUUUAGAUUAAUUAUAUGCCUAGGACAGUGUUGAAUGAUCAACAUAGAAUUGCAUCAGAGAAUUGUUGUUUUAGACUAAGGCGAGGCUUUAAGUAAAACCCCAGAUGUAAAUGAAUAAAUACUUCGAUAUCGCUAUGAAUAUACGCCGGUUAUUUUAUAAUAGCGAGAGGAUUCAAUUAUUCAUGAAUAGUGCUAUCGGAUAGAACAGAGUACGCUACGAAAUAUUCUUUAUUUGUCGGCAUUCAGAGUAUUAUUUUCAUAAAACAAAUUAACUCUUAAAACUUGCUAUUAUGUAAAUAAUUAAUAUUUUUCAAAUUAAAUUUAUCGUACCGGAGAUAGGUCUACUACAUAAAAUUACAAUUUAUUGAAGACAAAGUCCCUCCAAAGAUAAUUUAACAAUACUCUUAGCUAUUAAGACUGAAAGGUACUCUCUAGUAAGAAGUCUAUGCGUUCAUUUCACAAAAAUAUAAGAUUAUAUUCUAUGUCCUACGUUUAUUAUGAUUUAUUACCGUUAGUACAUCAUCGCCGAGUCACUAACCCAUUCCAUGUGCAACUCGUCAUACUAGUCAGGGUGUAGCUUUACAUUACGUACCCGGAGAUACGCCGUCGCGGCCACGGCAGGAGCCGCGCGCUGUAUUCUGUACGUACUCAAGUAUUCAAACAAACUUCGCUAAGUCUACUUUAGAUUAAAUUAUAAGGACGAUAAUUGAACUAUAUUAUUUCAACUUAAAUAUAGAAGUGCCUUACGAUUUUAUUUUAGUAUAAUAAUUAUUUUUGUUUUCUGUUAUUUUUUAAACAGACACAAAGAAUAAGCACUGGAAAUUUGCAUUUAUUUGUACGAUCCACCUCCACCCUGCGCAUGCAGGGUGCCAGGCGGGUGGGUCGGUUUUGUUUCAUCUUUACUAACAAAUCCUUAUCGGUUUAUCGAAAAUAUAUUCUAGAAACUAAAUUUAAAUAUUAAUAAACACAGGCCUAGGAAGGAACGUUUGAAAGACAUGCCGACCCUGUCUAGCGAUUUCCACCGAGCCUCUUAGUAUUAGCUGCAUCAGGCAUAGUAGCAAUGAAGUAAAACAAUAAUGAUGUCAAGUCAAUUUCGUGAAGUGUAGCUUAGAUGAAGAAAUAUGCACCUAAUUAUACAUGACACUACUGCACAGCAACAACGGACAGACGAAACAGCGCUCGCGCUCAACUACCAAAUGUUUUAGUGUCACUAAAUGUUUUCAUAGUUUAAUGGACUCCUACAAUGUAUAAUCGCUUAGUAAUUGUUCUUUCUGACUACUUGUUUUCUAUGGUCCCAAAUGCGGUACGCGUUGUAAAUGUAUUUCAGUAUUUGUGUCAAAAACAAAAAAAAAAAGUGAAAUGUUACUAUAGUAAAUAUUUUAUAAGUCUAAAUGAAUAUAUAUUCUUCUAAUUUUGUAUCGAAUAAAGAGUGUAAGGCUCGCGGCGGCGCGCAUACCGGCACGCUGGCGACACCGUCUCGCGGUGAUGCCUCGACGUGUCGGCCGCGCCGCCGCGCCGUGCUCCAUAAUACGUACCCGUGUAACAUAUAUUACCGUAGGGGAACCCACGUGCCAACUGCACGAUAAUUGAUAUUACACUCUGUGUUGUGAUUUUGAACGUUCUGUAAAUUACAAAAGUCUUUGAACUACUAUUUAACAUUUGUAGACACGUUUUUAGAUUAGCACAAUUCUUCGCGUAGUCACUUAGGUCGUUAACCUUUAUUAAGCAUUUAGAUUAAAUAGGUAUUCGAGAAAAUGUAAGUGUACUACGUAUAACUAGAUUCAUUGUUAUAUUCAAUCAAUGUGAUGAUCGUAACGUAAAGAACAACGAUGAGUAAGCUCCAGCCCUGUCCCUCCCUGCUGAGCGACUUUUCACAAUUUCGCAUAUCCUUGAAACAAUAAGUAAUAAAAUAAAAUUCUAUUAUAUAUAUAUUGAUAAAUUUAUUAGGGUAACUAAUUUUUUAAGACAAUGAACUAUUAAGUGAUCUUUUAGAUUGUCUUUAUUAAUAAAUAUAUGGUGAAGGUUUUGUCAA